GCGGCGGAGACCGGAAAUCGAAGGCGCCAGCCGUGAGAGGGUUUUGUGUGCAGCCCUCCUCCUCCCCUUCUCAGGGGCUGGCCAGAGGAACGAGGAAGAGCUUCAGCCAAUCAGCACAGGAUGCCCAUCCCUCCUCCCCCGCCCCCACCUCCGGGGCCGCCCCCACCACCAACCUUUGCACAGGCCAACACUGAGCCCCCCAAACUGAGACGAGAUGAGCAGAAGGGCAGGAACGCUCUGCUCGGUGACAUUUGCAAGGGAGCCAAACUGAAGAAAACAACAGGGGUCAAUGAUAGGAGCGCCCCUGUACUGGAGACACCUAAAGGUGGAGCAGGUGGUCCUGGUUUUGGAGCCACCCCAGGAAUGGCCUUGCAGCCCAAAGGAGGCCUUUUCGCAGGAGGAGUCCCAAAGUUGCGAGCUGUGGGGACUAAGGAUAGCCCAGAAGGCCGCUCUCCUCUUCAGGCUCCGGCUGCUCGUUCGUCAGCACCCCGGCCCCCAGUGUCAGGCGGAAGACCCCAGGAUGACUCUGACAGUGGCAGUAACAGGUCUUCACCACCAGAAGUGGGACGUGCCCAUCGUCCAUCCCUGCCCGACCUCACUCGUCCUCCCAGUUCCACCAGCUCCGGCAUGAAGCACAGUUCAUCUGCCCCUCCCCCACCUCCUCCUGGACGCAGACAGGCUGGUGCUCCACCUGCACCUUCCCAAAAUGCCAAACCUUACAACAGAGAGAAACCUCUACCACCAACUCCAGGGCACCGGGCACCUGCUGCACCUCAAGUGAAACCUCCACCUUCUCCAAUUAACACACGUUCCCCCAGCACACACAGCCAACCCCCACCACCUCCUCCAUACAGGCAACCCCCUCCUUCCCAUAACGGACCCCCUAGUCCCAUAAAUGAGCCUGCGCCAGAGUUACCCCAGAGGCACAACUCACUUCAUAGGAAAACCGCUGGACCUGUGAGAGGACUAGCACCCCCUCCUCCGCAAUCGGUCCAUUUAUCUCCUGGAGGCAACAGACCACCUCCACCAGCGAGAGAUCCCCCAGGAAGAGGAGCAGCUCCACCACCACCACCUCCACCUAUUGUGCGUAAUGGAGGCCGGGAUGCUCCCCCACCUCCACCGCCCCCUUACAGAAUGCACUGCAUCCCUGAGACCACCCCCAACAGGGCCAAGCCUCCUCCACCUCCAUCUCGGACCCCCUCAGGACCACCACCACCUCCUCCUCCAGUCAGGAAUGGAAUGUUAAAUUCCUGGAAAGAUGAUUUUGAAUCGAAAUAUUCCUUUCAUUCCGUGGAUGAUUUUCCAGCCCCUGAAGACUACAAACCCUUUCAGAAAAUCUAUCCAAGCAAAAGCAUCAGAGCCACGCGUGGAGUCCCUCCUCUUCCUCCUAUCCUCAGGUGAAAUUGAUCACGUUGCCUGUACCCCCAUCCCUUGCCUUGUCCCUCCUCUUUCCUGCUCGUUCCUUCGGGGCUGUUUCAGCAUGAAGAUUCUUUGGUUGAGGAACAAGAGGAUCCAGGAUACACGUUCCUGCCUGUCUAUGCAUUCCACAUCCCCAUCAACUCCUCUAGCUCCUCACCACUCCUUGCACUCUAGGGGAACUCAUGCAGCUCCUACUAAAGGCUCUAACUGGCAAAUGGGACAUUUUGCAUUAGAAGUUUUCCUUCUAAUAUUAAUCUACAUUAGACCUAACCAAUCAUUACUUACAGUAAUCCCAGUAGAUAACACUAGCAAUGGGUUCUGAUACCCCACAGAACCAGCCCUCUGUGAAGACAUUACUGGAAAGAGUUGGGUUAUACAUUAUGGAGGUGCCAACUGUAACACGCUGCUACCCUCUAUAAGGCUGUAUUCUUCCCAUGGUGCACUGACUGUUACCUAUAGAAACAGAAUGGGACGACCAUCCCUGCCCCAUGUUGGACUUCUGUUUUUGGGAGCAGUUUCAUGGCCGGCCUUGUUCAACCUCUAAAAGUUCUGCCCUUGUGAAUUGGAUUCUUGGAGAAAGAGGGAAAUAAUGGCUGUUGCAGGACUUGCCCUCCAGAUAUGGAGGUGAUUAUUUGCAGUUAUGUAGUAAGGUGAGAAUAUUUCCAUGCAGGGUGCUCGGGUUUGUGUAUUAAUUAAGGUGAUGGUGAUAAUCGGUUUGGGACUUUUAUUGACUUUCUAUGCAGAACAUAUAGGUCCGAGUUGAGGGCUGCUCCAUAAGUAGUAAAGGAGGCUUCCUGGAUACUCCUUGCUGUCUUUUGUUUCUCAUCUUCCUCACGUCUUCUUAUUUCUCCAAUGUAAAUGUGUUUUUUCCUACAUCAUUCCUAUAACAUAUUAUCCUGCAGAAUGUCUAUACAAGAAGAGCCCUGCGCAAAAGGGAAAUCACUAAAAUCUAUUCUUGUGUGAAAGACAAUGCUGCAGUGUUCACACGUGUAUCUAUUCAUUUCCAUACAAUAACGUAUGUUCCCUCAGCCUGACGAAAUAAUUGGUCUCCAUACGUCUGUGAAUACUUCAGUAUUAUCUUUUAUACCUAUUUCUGUGCCCCUUUAAUAAAGGUGUAUAAGAUCUGUCUAAUUUUAGGCAUGUACAGUACUUUUUUUUUUUUUCUUUUUAAAGGUCACACCUAGAUGUUUUGUACAUAAAUAUUCUGAGAAAUUCUAUAAUUUGUACAUCUUGUCUAUAACUCUGAUUCUCUGCCGAUGUAGAUGGAGCCACUGCCCAUAGCUAGUGAGAAGUGUCAGGUAACACUAACGUCUAGUUUUUGGCUCCAACUGGAGUACGAAAUGAGCUUCCACCAUUCCCUUUGCUCUCGUUUACAUAAUAAAAGGCAAAACAUUUGCACCCA